CUGGGUUCGGGAUGUCACAGAUCGCUUGGUUUUUAUAAUAAUUCGUUUAGUCGGUGCGAAGUUGAAUUAAAUCAUAACGCCUCUAUUGUUUCGUUUCCUAGAGGAAAUUCGAGUAUUUAACCUCCAAUACUCUUUGUGUUCUAAAAAUACCAGAAUAUUACACUGCCAAUUAAAACUGAGUGCGAACAAAUAAGUGCUGAUAAUUUGCACAUUGCUGAGAAUUUGCCUGCCCCUAUUGUUCGGAAUCUUAUCGGAAUCUGAUCCCAGUCAAAUGUUCUAUUUACACAGCCAUUGAGAAUUUAGACCAGCAAAAAUAGUGUAUGUAAGCCCAUUAUAAUCCUUCAAUUAGCAUUAGGCCUAAUUACAGGGAAUCCCAGGGUAAAUAGAGAUUUCAAUGAACGGCACGCAACUGCCGAGAAAGUCUAAACAUCUAAGCUACAUAAUUUACACAGAGUUUUCUUGCUAAGCUCAAGUGUCGGGUUCCAAUUUGUUUUACAACUGCCACCCCUGCAAGGCAUACAGAUAAAGAUCUGAAUUAGCCACUGGAUUUGGGGCCUGGGUCUCAGUUCAUUAAGUCCGGAGCUCUUGGUGCGAGCGGUUGAUCUGCAGUGAUCUCUCUCGGGGUGUCGUGUUUAUAUUACUGCUCUGAUUCCGUACCGCUGAUUAACGUCAGUUGCAAUCAGCUCGAAUCAGUAGUAAUUCAAUCAGAGAAAUGGUGGGAAAAAUUAUACAGCUUGCGCUGGUGGUUCUCCUCGUCUCCUGGACGGAAGCUCAGACCGAAUCCUACGAGGAUCCGAACAAUCUCAAGGUUUGGCUGACCAUCAGUGCCCGCAAGAGAUUCCUGGAGGUUUCCUGGAGCAAUGCUCCGGCUAAGGAGGGUGACCAAGUCCUCGUAACAAAACAAGAUGCCCUCAGCUUCGAGACAAAGCUCCUCCCCAAACGGACUCCGCUGGCGGCCUUCCACAGCGAGGAGGGAAGUGGUUCCGGCGAAGGAUCCCAAAGCUACGUGCCGAUCAGUGGGUUCACAGUCCGACCGGAAACUAAAUCGGACUCAAACGAGGUGGAGCAAAAGUACUGGGUGGCCAAUGGAGGAGCCACGGAGGUCGUGGCGGCCAUUCAACCAAGUCAGGGUCUCUCCACCCAGUGGUUCACCACCGGACUGCCCUUUGACUACGCCUUGUCCAGGAACGUGACAGUUCAGACCUCCUGCUAUGGCUUUUGGGCCAGCUACAUCGACGCACAGGGGAACAUCCUGGCCAAAACUUGCCUCAAAGUAUUUCCUCGGUGGAUGAAUAAUCUGAAGUCCAAAAUAGGGGAGAUGCGCCUGCGAGAUCUCUUCAUUCCCGGUUCCCACGACUCCGGUUCAUAUCGGCCCAACUUCGAUCCGCUACUCAGGGAAAGUCUAGUGACCAAAUACGCUCUUACCCAGGACGACGACAUAAGGGGGCAGCUGAUGCAUGGAGUGCGCUACCUGGAUAUUCGGGUGGGCUACUACCGGAACUCCCCGGAGCCCUUCUUCAUCUACCAUGGGAUCACCAAGCAGCGGCCCCUUCAGGAAGUCAUCAACCAGGUCCGGGACUUUGUCUACGAAACCAAUGAGAUUGUUAUCUUCGGACUUAAGGAGUUUCCAGUGGGCUUUGGAAAAGGACUCGGCGUGCAUCGCCUGUUGAUCAGCUACUUGCGCGAGCAGUUCCAGGACCUCAUAGCUCAUCCUUCGCUGUCCUGGCGCGCAUCCUUGCGGGACAUUUGGGCCCGUAAGCAGAACGUGUUCCUGGCUUACGACCACGAGGUAAUGGUGGAUGAGUUCCCAGAGGUCUUGUUCGGAUCCGUGGAACAGCGUUGGGGAAACAAGCAGACGUGGGCCCAACUUGAGACAUAUUUGCGAAACGUUAAUGACUUCGACGUGUCACGGUUCUCUAGUCGCCCGGUGUCCGAUAUGGCGGAGUUGACCCCGGAGACCUGGGACGUCAUUUUGGACAAGCAUGGUGGACUACGCAAGAUGGCCGAUAACGUGAAUUGGCGGAUCUCUCAGCUAUAUCGGAAUGAAUUGGGAACGAACGCCAACAUCGUGUCAGCGGAUUUUAUACGGGGCACCACUCUCGUGGAAACGGCUAUAGAAUAUAAUACUCGUAAGAUUUAUAUGUAGAUUUAAACCACCCUAUUCGGGACCAUAGGUCCAUCACAAUUUAUACUAAAACUUCCGAGUUUGCAAUAAUAUAUUUAUUUGCCAAGCGGUAAGUAAAACAUCAA